AUGCAUGCUAAAUACGAAACAAAAAGAGUAUUCCGUAUAAUUUUGCUAGCGUUAGAGUAUCUUGGGCUCUAUCCAGCCAAAAAUGCCAGCGUAUCAUACUAUAUUUAUUCAUUCCUCCUGAAUACCAUUGUGACAGUUUACUAUCCGAUUACCAUGGUUGUCGAUCUUUUCCUAUCAGAAGAUCCGAGUCAGCUAUUUCAAAAUACCUCAGUGACCUUUGCUGAAACAUUGUGUACCAUACAGUCACUGGACACAUUUUUUAAGCGCAAGCAGCUUCGUCGAAUUAAUGAGCUCUUGGAACAUUUGGAUAAUCGUGUGGAGGAAGUUAACGAUCGCGAUGAACAGAGGUACUUAGAGCGAAUCGUCAAGACUGCUAACCGCAUCCUGGUUAGCUACUUCAUUCCGUUCACUGUGGUUGCAUCGACAUGUUUUUUACCUGCUAUCUUUUCGGAAAAGAGACGACUGCUCUACAGUGCAUGGUUUCCGGUCGAUUGGGAAAAUUCUGACACUACAUAUUAUAUAAUUACCACAUAUCAGCUCAUCGGAAUCUGGAUUAGCAUUUACCAAAACAUGUUAAACGACUCCUAUCCCGGUUUAUAUUUGUGGAUUCUGAAAGGACAUUUCCGGGCCCUCAACAUCAGGGUAUCGAAAAUUGGGCACGGCCUACGGAAAACCAGUGAAGAAUACUAUGAGGAGCUGGUGAAAUGCAUUGGUGAUUACAAGAUACUAUUGGAGUAA